CUGCGCAGCGGAGCGUGCGGAUCUUUCCGUGGCGCAGGUUUUCUGCAUUGUUCGAGAUCUUUCUAGAAAGGUGCCGAAGGAAAACAAAUCACACGUGUGCAUUAGUCAUCGAAAGCUGCAGCGCUGCGGUGUAAUGAAACAUUGACUCACCGGCCGUUUCUGGCGCAAUAAGCGGCAAUACGUGUUAGAAUAAAUACGCACUGGGUGCGGAACCGCUCACUGUACGCACCCAACUGUCGACACGAGAGUUGCUGCUCCCUACGUUCUUUUCUGUAUCGCCUUUCGACGGCAAGAAAUCGGCUCCGAAAUGCUGCUCUUUCCAGUCGCCCCAAGUUACGCUGAUGUGUUCAGUUUCGCCGAGGCCAACCCAUGGGUAACGGAUAUUUUGCCACCCCUGAUGGCCCCUUUGCUUGAUCACUUAUUCGCCGAUGUGUUCGAGCCAUCGAAAGCAGCGCCAUGCGCUCCUGCAGAGGCGUGCUGCUCGCCACUCGGCGAAGACGCGCUCGCGGUCGAAGAUAAGGGCGGGGAAGACGAUGCACCGCCGACUUCUUCAGCGAGCAGAAGCGACGACGAUUCGUAUUCAGCCGCCUGCGCAGCAGCUUCUGAUAAAGAGCAGCGCUCACCACCGGAGUUCUCCCGUUCCUUCGACGUUGGUGGAUUCGUCGCCGGAGAGGUAACCGUCAAAGCUGUCGGUAACUGCAUCGAAGUUCACGCCGGUCACCUCGAGAAGCCCCCACGGGGGGAGGAUGGGGACUUCGUGCGCCGGGAGUAUACGCAUCGCUUCACGCUGCCAGACGACGUGCAACCAGACUCGGUGACAUCUGUGCUGACCAAGGAAGGUACGCUCGUUGUUCGAGCCCCCAGGAACGGAUCCGUGUGCGCAGAAGAAACGGGCACCGGAAGCAGUGGCGGCUCAUAGCGAAGCUUGCGUUUAGCCUCGAAGAUGCUUUACUUCUGGCACUGACGAAAAUCUACGUGGCCUGCGCAAGAAGCUACAGAAGGAGCAAGCCGUCCAUCACGCAUUCGUCAAAACCCCGUGGUAGCUGACUGCUCCACUGACCCAAGUGGUUAAGGCGAAAGCCCGUCGUAUACACCAGAUGAGAUGCCCACGACUAAGUCGGAAGACUUGACUAUCCAUGCAUGAACCGAAAUGCACGCAUAUUUGUUGCCUAGUCUCGCAGUUAAUAAAAGCCUUUUGAAAGUACUGCCA